GCGCUGCUGCUGCUGCUACUACUGCUGUCGCUUACCUGCGUCUGCAUCGAGACCGAACCCACACCGUGUCAACCCGUACGGUUUACCCCGUAUUCUUAUACAGGGAAAUUGAGUUUGCAGGUCCAUACGGCAUACAUCCGUUUCAAUACGGACAAACGAAAAUAUUCUCCCUUGUGACGGGACCUCGUGGGAUGAACGUUGCGAUUUAUACGGGGCACGGGGUGACCAUUAAGGUCUGAAUUGGUCUGUAGAAAGGUAGGGCACUGAUAGGGUACCUGAACCUGCAACCCGAGCAGAAUAGACAACAAUGUCGUCCUUGACGUCUUUCCUCUCUGGUCAAAAAGACCUCCUGCCCACCUUCGAAACGCUCAUCACGGGCGUGCUCAUACCCAUCAUGUCUAGCCUGACGGGUGUCUACUUUAACAUGCUCGCCUUCCGCUGCCCCUGCGCCCCGGCCGAGAAUGUCGAGUAUGGCUGGAAAGCUCUGUUCAUCCCUUUCGCCAUCAUCCUCAUGGUGUCUUUCGCCAUCCAGCUGAGGUCGAUCGCGGUGGUGAACAGAUCGCUGUGCCGCGACUCCGUGUGCCCCCACAUGUGCCUCUUCCCGUUCACGGCGUUCAUGAAGCACGGGGCUUUCAUCGUUGCGUCGCUCGCUUGGAUCGUCGUUGCCUACUUCCACGGCAAUGUGCCGAUCUGCAUCGAGGUCAUGAGCCUGGACUGGCGCCACCGCUUCUCGGUGCUCGCCCCGAGCCUCUCGCGCAUGAGCGAGGAGGAGAGACGCGGGGUGCUUGCCAUGGUGCCCUGCGCGAAUCAGGAUCCUCUGCAAGGACUCGUCCCCAACGGCACCAGCAAGGAGGUGCAGUUGGUUAUCGUCAACUACCUCCACGCGACCGCUCAGGACACGGCAUGGCUAUUUUUGCUAGCCAUGACAGUCGACAUACUCCUCAUGCUCUCUGUUCAGAAGCUCAUCUUCAAGAAUAUCGCUCAGGUUCAGGACAAAUACGUGCAGUGUGAGGAGCAGUUAAUCAGAGAGAAGACGGAGGAGCUGCAGCCCUCUCCACAUCUGGGCAAGUCGAUGCCGGGGCAACCACCCCAGCCGAGGGAUGUAGAGGAGACUGAAAUGGCACAGCUUCUGUGCAGCGGCAACGAGACACAAAAACAGGACAAGCAAGGGAACCAACAGAUGGUUUAA